AUGUCUGAGGGAGAGUCUAGUACUCCCCAGGCAAGGGCAUAUUUUCAGCUAGAAGAUGUAGUUUUUUACAGGAUAGUGCAGAGAUUAGCAGCCAGUGUGGGCCUUGUACGAGCCAACCUAGAGAAAAAAUACGAUAUUGAGAGGUUUAAAGCCUUAGGGGCUGUGACAUUUGAAGGAACAACAGAUCCGACUGAAGCUGAGUUAUGGCUGGAUGUAGUUGAAAAAUGUUUCAAUGUUAUGAGUUGUCCAGAGGACAGGAAAGUAGGGCUAGCCACCUUUCUACUACAGAAAGAAGCAGAGAAAUGGUGGAAAGUGAUAUCCGUCAGACGAGCCAGCACAGAUGCGAUGUUAUGGCCUGAGUUCAAGAAGGCCAUUAAAGACAAGUAUUGCCCCAGCUCGUUUCGGGAUGCAAAAAGGGAUGAGUUCCUUAGAUUAACGCAGGGAACGAUGUCAGUGGUGGAAUAUGAGCAAAAAUUUACAGAGUUAUCACAGUAUGCUCUACCGAUUAUUGCUGAGGAAAAAGAUAGAUGCAGGAAAUUUGAACAAGGUUUGAGGAAGGAAAUCAAAACUCCAGUGACGUCUACGGCUAAUUGGCUAGAUUUUAACCAGCUAGUAGAAAGAGCAACACGAGUCGAGCGAAGUUUGGCAGAUGAUGAGCAGUUGCCAAGAGGCAGCAAGGUAGUAGUAAAGCCUAGAGAUAGGGGAUCCUGA